GGAUACGUAGAUUUAUCGUUGAUAUGCAAUAUUCUCUUUGGAGCGAGCCGGUGACGUCAUGACUUAAAAUACUGGGUCACAGCUGGGAGCUUUCGUAGACAUUUGGCGCCUAAAUGCGCGCACAGGCGUAUACAGAUGAGAGAAAGAAGACCGAGUCGAAGAAAAAAAAUAAAAAGAAAAAGAAACGAAGAAGAAAAUCGUCAGAUGUGCAGUUAGACGUGCGUUAACCCGAGUAAUAAGUUUUCCACGAAUAAUCUCUCCGAGCAGUUGGCAUCACGCAACGUGUCUUGGCGCCUCUUCUAAAGUAAACCGUACACAUAGGUGUAAUUUCUUCAUAUCGUCCGAUAGUGUCAACCAAUAAAAUGAUCGCCGCGAAUGCAUAAGCUGCAAGCCUCGGAGAGAAUAUUUUGGACGAAAAGUAGACGCAGCCUGGAACUGGUGCGUCGUUCGAAGAUCAUCGAAACGCCUCCCCGAAGAAAGGUGAAAUCGAUCGUUGCGGAGAAUCGUCGUAACUAAAUUUUGGAAAAUUUUUUCACAUCGAAUCGCUCUACCGCGAACGGAAGAAAAAGGGGGAAAAAACGAAUCAAAAAUGUAAUCUGUCAACGAACGAGGAGACAGUAGUGGAUUAAUUGCGAUGACCACCAUAUCUGCCCGAUAGAUUGAAAUGAGAACUACUUUCGAAACGAGAGAGCCAACUGCAGCGCGGCAGUGGUACCAGCGGAAUUAGUGGAGCAGUUUUCAUCGCGUGAGCUUGAAAAUUUUGUUGAAAAUUUUCGUGCCGCACAUAUUUUGAAUUCCUGAAGCGAACCGUGGCAUCAACCGAUCGCUCUCACGACGAAUCUGCGUAGACCUGUAGAAACGCGUUGAGCGUGAACUCGAAUGAAAGUGGAACGUAAAUAAUUUCAUAGCCAUCAGACAAUUACACCUUAAAUGUAAAUUCCGAACUUCCAGACGUGUCGAAAAUCGAUCAAUCCGUCUCGACGCCAUUUAUUUCUCUGGUUCAAAACAACCGACUGUCGAAUUUUGCCUCCACUAUAUCGGAAUACGCACAGUGCGGGAAGAUCAGGGCGCAACGGAGCAAACGCCACGAUCUAAAUUUGAAUUCCACGCUACCUAUACGGGACUCGAGACGCGCGAGGUUUUACGCACGUCGUCAGUGUCUUCCAACGUUAAAGUUAACAGAAAAUUGAAAUUCGACUUCAACUUGUUCCAUCGAGAUCAAAAGAAACUAACCGCUCAGAGAAAACAAAAUAAAUGAAUAUAAAUAAAAGAUAUUAAAAAAAAAAAAGAAAAGCUUCCCCGGGACAUCGACAUAGCGCGCGCAUUCGUCGCUAUACAAUUACAAUUGCCGUUGUAGAAUAGAAAAUUUGAAAUAAAAAACUUUCGCCCCCUCCACGUCUUCGAAUUUGGAGCGAUAAAUCUGUAUUUCAAUAAAGACUGUAGAAAUAUAAAAAGACAUCUUAUUAAAUACAGAUCGCGUACGAUCAUCAUUCGAGAUGGUAAACUAUGGGAACAUUAAAUUAACGGGUUUCAAAAUAUCGUCACAUAUCAAUUUGUACGCUUGCAAAAGUUUGUGAUUCAAACUGUCUGGUUUUUUUGACGACAUAAGUCAUUUUUUCCAAUUUUUCAAACUAGCUUCUUCGGUAUAUUGCAAUUAUAAAAUCGCCCCUAAAUAACCUCGGAUAUCUCCACGAUGGCGAACAGAGUGAAGUCGCUUUAUAACCAGGUAAUUUUCGAGAGAAGAGUUCUCCUGGGUUGUACGUGUCUCGUUGGUUUGUCGGUCUGCGUUUGGGCGAUAGCUAUCGGCACUGAUCAUUGGUUUACGGUUCAAGCACCGGAUUACAUUCAAGGACUUCCCCUGGGAGACGCAGAAAAUACUGGAAGGAUGCUUCUUUUUAGGCAUCAAGGUCUCUGGAGAGAAUGUACUACGGGCUUGGAACCCGCUGGGGUCAAUAGCACGCAGAUGAUUCCGUACACAGAAUGCAAGUAUCAGGAGAUGUUUCCUUCGGAGGACCGCCUGGAGCAGAAUCCGAGUUUGAACGAAACGUUGCUCAGCUACUCCAGAACGCAGGUGUCUUUCGCAGUAAUUAGCAUAUUCGUUAUGCUUAUGGGGUUCGGAUUUUCUAUAUACACGUUUCGCAAUCCGAGAUACAUGUUCAAGAGACUAGCUGGCGGAAUACAUUUCAUAACUGGUGCCUGCGUGAUAGUGGUGAUCCAAGUAGUGCAGACAGCGGUCGAGUAUGAGAAACUCAACGUUUUUGAGACGUUUCCAAAGGGUGCGGUGAAAAGGUACGAUUAUUCUUUGGUAUUGGCGUGGUUGGUGUUCAUGGGAAAUUUAGUGGCGGGAUGCGCGUUUAUGUUGUUUUCGAAAAAACGAAAGCGCGACAAAGCACCGACCGAAGAAAUCGCCAUGGCGGAUGAACCGACGAUAAUUGGUCGCUAGUUAUAAAAAAUUUACGUAUACAAUAUAUCACAUUUAUUAUUCAAUCACAAUUCUAUCGGUAAAUAAAAAAAAUUUCUAGUCAUCGAAUUAUCAUCAUACGUACAUCGAAACGAGCGGAAGCUCGAUUAUUUGAAAGCUCCGCUUUCGUGCGUCGGUGAAACAGAAACUUGUAGCCCAACAGCCGGUUCUGUCUGGGCCGUGACUCCGCCAUUUUUUUUAUGGAGCUUACGAAUUUUACAAAAUUUCGAGCUUAUUCGUUGUCGGUAACGAACAAGCUCGAACUUUACUUCGAGUCAUACGAAAUCCUCGACCCCACCCGCUGUCGUGAUGGAUCUAGUUUUCAACUGGUGAAGAUUCUCAAGAGACGACAAAUGAAACGGGAUUUUUAAUGAUUAAGAGAAGUAAAACGAAAUCUCACCGACGACAAAAUACUCAAACGUAUGGUACGUAUCAUACCUAAUUAUAAAUUGUAAUAUCCAUGUAUCCCGUAAAGGGUAACAUUAUCGGUAAAUAAAAAAAAUGAAAAAAAUUGUAAUAUGAGAAUAUAUCAAAGCGGCAAAAAAAAGAAGGAAAUACCGCACACUAUACGAUUGAUUUUAAUUGUGAUCUAAUUAUUCAAAAAAACACCGAUAUCUAUUCAUACUGAAUAUUUGAUACUCAAUAUGUCGUACGACAAUAAGCCAUUCGGGGGUUGACCAUUGAAAAAAACAAAGUUACAUGGGUGUAAAUAAUUAUAGUUCUGAUAUUAAAAAUGCCUUCUAUAUACAUAUGGAAAUACUAACUUUCUAUUAAAAUAAAUUCACUGUCAAGGUGCUUACUCACACAGAGAAAUCGUCACUUGGUUCAUGACCGAUGACGGAAAAAAAAAUUUUUUAAAAGUUCGAUGGACGUCUGUGGUCUCGUGUGAUCAUAAAAAUUAUGAAUAACAAAUAGUGUAAUCUUUUAUUUUAUUUUCAUCAUCUAUUUAACCAUACCCCCAACUUCAGUGACCUCAAACAUAAGAAUCGAUUAAUCAUGGUUUGUUUAGUGGAAAAUGAUUUAUUUUUUAUAUAUAUGUAUGUAUAUGUAUAAGUAUCAUACAUAGUUCAAUGUACUUAUUACAAUCGAUAAUAUAAUAUUAAAAUAACGACGAUGAUAAUAAAAAUAAUUUAUCAAUAAUGUGUACACUCUGCAACGAAAAAGUCUACGUGUCUGGUGUCUGUUAUAUACCAUGUGGAUAAAAAUAUUAUAAUAUAAAAUUGAAAAAUCAUGUUCUCACUCUUUUUGAAGUGUAACGCAACCCCCAGUUGUUCAUGAAAAGACAUUCACUGUAAAUAUAUAUAUAUACUAUAAUAAUAAUAAUAAUAUUAACUUUCGAUUAUAUCAUGUAAUAAAGAACAAAAAGAAAUAUGAAAA